CUCCCCAAAGUCUUGAGAGCGUAAACUGUAUGUAACCUCUUCGUCGUGCUCCUCCCGAGGGGCAGCCUCUGUCUGUUUUUAUAUCAUGACCGCCCGGUCGUCCCAAUCUUCCCCCAUCCGCUCCCCCUAGUCCAUUGUUGAUGGUUCUUCGCCGCCAGCCAAUCACCGCAACAGGCCUGCCAUGCAUCACCACCCGCCGCCGGCUACCCUGCCCGCGCCCUCCUCGCAAACGAACAAUCCCCCCCAGCACUCCAACCACCAGGAAUACAGCGAGAAAGAUGCCUACGCCGGUCGCCAGCCCUUCCAGCAGAGCCCCCAUGCAGCCCAGCGCGGCAGCAAGGGCAGCAGUCGCAGUCGAGCUCACGACUCGGUCAUGUCGGCCCACCCGCUUUCACCCAAAUCAGCUCACACUUCUCCGCCCAGCCCGACUGCCAGCCUGCAUCGCACAAUACCAGAGAUAGACCAGCAGCAGCAAAUCUCUCCCGCAACCACUCCCAUCGCCUACCCGCAGCGUGCCUACAUAGAUCCGGAGAAGGCUGCCGCUGGCAACAACAUCUCCUCGAGCAAUCAACGGUCUCCGCGAGCUUCCAACCAGGACGUCAGAGCUGUAGUCUACGACUCUGGCGAGUACCACGAAAAGGGUCCCGAAGACAAACCUGUACAACUGCUUCUCUUCCUCUCCGGCCCAUGCGCCCUCCUCUCCAUCUUCAUCGCCCUCUGGACCAUCCUCGCUCUCUUCAUCCUAGCCCUGGUGCAGCCCUUCCGCCUCCUAUCCUCGCGCUCCACAAAAUCCGUCCAACUCACCACCUUCCUCGCCGCCCCGCUCAACCUCCAACUCCACCUCAUCUACUCGUACGCCACCUCCACCGACUACAGCUCGCCCAUGCUCGUCGUCAUCAACCUCUUCUCCCCCUUCGUCGCGGCCGGCGUCGCCAUCGCUGCCUGGACUGCUGCCUUUUUCUGGUUCUUCUCCGCUAUACUGGGGGAUCCUGCCGGUCAGGAUGGGCGCAAUGACGGGAAGGAGAGCAUCCUUGGAGUGCGGAAUUGGUGGGAGCGGUGGCUGUCUAGGGCGUUGAGAUGA